GCAGUAUAAGAUGAGGGCAGAAGAAUAAUAGAACGACAUAAACCUAAUCAAGAAAGCAAAAAAGGGCAUUGAGAUUUGAUAAAGAUAGAGAUAGCGAGUGUAAACUGAGAAGCAGCAUUCAUGGCUCACGGUGGCUACAACAAGCGGCGCGUGAGAGUCAACCCCGCAAGCCGUCGAUCCAACUCCAAGGCUUUAAGCGUCGCCAAGAAACCCAAACCCCACGUUUCCCUUAAAAACCAGAUUCGGUCAGCAGAGCGCAUGCUCAGAAAGAAUUUGCCAGCUGAGGUGAGAGAGGCACAAAAACACAAGUUGGAAGAACUGAAGAGGCAGCAGGAAAUUCAUACUCGCCUUGCUGCUGAACGCAAAAUAUUCUUGCGUGACAGGAAGAUCAAGUUCUUCGAGAGGAGGAAAAUUGAAAGAAGGAUUAGACGUCUCGAGAAACUGCAACGUGCUUCUUCUUCUUCUUCUUCUUCAUCUGCCCAAGUUUCUUCUGACCAGCUCUCCGCUCUAAAAAAAGAUCUUCAAUAUGUUAUGUACUUUCCCAAGACUGAGAAAUAUGUUCCUUUAUUUACUGGAGGUGAUGAUUCUGAGAUGGUUGACAGGAGAAAUGGGCUGCGCAAACAGAUUGAAGACAGGUUAAUUGCAGCUGCUGCAAGUGGCAAGGAUUUAGAAGAGACUGGCAGUGAGGAUGAUGGCCUUUUGGAUCUGAGUGAUGAUGAUUUUUUUCUUGCUGGAAGUUCUAGUGAUGAAGCAGAUGCAGAUGAUGAAUGGACAGACAAAAGCACAAGAGAGCAGGCUUCUAGUGCUUCUGGCAAAGUUGUAUCUGGCAUGUCCAGUGAUGAAAAGAAUCAGAGGCAGAUUUCUGCUAGAGCUUUGAUGCCCCCUCCUCGCCCUUCAAACAAGAAGUUGUCAAGGUUUGGGUCGUCUUCAGGCCAAAAUUCAUCUACGCAUAGAUCUGAGAUUUCCACAUCCAGCAACACAUCAAAUAGCAAAAGCAGCUCAGACUUCAAAGUCAGGGGACCCUCAAGAUCAGGCACAGGUCAUGGUAGUAGUCUAAGCUCCAACUCUGAUGCUCACAAGCCUCGGAGAAAGAGAAGACCUAAGAAGAAAAAGAAGCAGGCAUGAUGGUUAGACCGAGCAUUGCUAUGAGCAAUUGGAUUUAGCUUCUUUGAAUUCAUUCGAGAUUCUUACAGUUAUGUCUUAAUUGGAUGGGUCAUGUUCUGCGGUGGGCCUGCUGGGAGCCGGUUUCAUUGGUCAUUAUGAUGAUCUUAUAUGUACUAACUUGUUAGGUUAGAUUGAGAAUUCGUUACUGUAGAUUAACUUUUGACUGUGGGGUCUUCCUAUUUAACUGUUGCUUACUGUAAAUUGCAUUAAAUUCUGAUUUGUUUAUGUGGGAUAGUAUUUCUACCCUUACGAGUUUUGAAGUACUACUAUCGCAUUGGCCAAUAUAUGGUGUGUGAAAUGGUUAAAAGUUGGAAGCAUGAAAAAUGAU